CCAGUUUGAAACAUCGCCUGUCUGGAAUGUUCCUUCUGCAGACCGACUUCUUCAUUAAGAGCGUUUUGUUUCAUAAUAUAUCUCUGGAUUUUUAUCACAUUUGUGAUACCACCUCCUAAUCUGCAUCAGGAAAACUUCGAAGACAUUAACUGUGUCCUUGCGUUUGUGAAAUGAGUGAAAACAUAACAAGGUGCUGCUGUCAUCUAGAGUAAGAUAAGUAUAAGUGUGGCUCUAAAAGUGUGCCAGUGAUUAUCUGUGAGACUUUGAACAUCAGCGGCAGCAUGUUGCCUCCUGUGAAGAAGGACCGAAUCAUCACUCACCUCCCAAAGUGUUUUAGUUCAAAUGCAGCUCUGCACACCAAAGAAGGUUUCCACCCACAGGUGAGAGCUGCAUGCCAGGGACAGAAGACAGACGGCGUGAGCUUUAAUAUCGCCAAAGUCAUUGUAGUCGGAGACGUUGCAGUUGGGAAAACUUGUUUAAUCAGCAGGUUCUGUAGAGGAGCGUUUGAUAAGAACUACAAAGCAACCAUCGGGGUGGACUUUGAGAUGGAGCGUUUCGAGGUGCUUGGUGUUCCCUUCAGUUUACAACUGUGGGACACAGCAGGUCAGGAGCGCUUCAAGUGCAUCGCCUCUACGUACUACAGAGGAGCCCAAGCCAUCAUGGUGGUGUUUGACUUAAGCAGUGUGAACUCAUUAGCACAUGCCAGGCAGUGGCUGGAGGACGCCAUGAAGGAAAACGAUCCGUCCAGUGUUUUACUGUUCCUCGUUGGUACCAAGAAAGACCUCAGCUCUCUUGAUCAGUUGGCUGAGACUGAACAGGAAGCUAUCAGACUGUCUGAGGAAAUCAAAGCAGAGUACUGGGCUGUAUCUUCAAAAUCAGGAGAUGGAGUCAGGGAUCUCUUCCUACGUGUGGCUUCUUUGACUUUUGAGGCAAAUGUUUUGGCCGAGCUUGAAAGGAGUGGGUCGAGACACUUCAAAGACAUAAUCAGUGAGGAUCACAGACAGCUCAGAAACCCAUCAGAAACCAAACAAGAAGGCCAACUGUUGUUGAGACUAACAGACAACUGCCUGAACUCACUGGUGCCGUUAUACGAGGCACAAACUGCGGCUGUUACUGAGGAAUUUCAACAAAAAAAUUGACUCGUUGGGUCAGUGUGGACAUCCUGACCAGGGCUGUUGGACGCAGUGUUAGCUAAGCAUGCUGUCCCUGUAGUAUUUAGGAAACUACUUCAGAAAAUAGUAAAAUGUCAUGAUCCAAGUUUUUGCUCCAACAUAAUGUCUUCUAUUGAGUCUGUAAACAAGUCUGUUAGCAGAAUGACUCAUUUUCUCAAGAAUGUUUAGAGCUGACCAGAUCUUCAACAAGUCGUUCUUUGUCAUAUUCAUGGUUAUAAAGACAAUUUUCCUAAAGCUAUGACAGCAAUUCACAAGAAUAUUGUCUGUGUGAACCAACAUUUUAACUCAUAAGAGGGGUUUUGUCAGAAUAUCAUCGUCUGCAUCUUUUCUCCCCUCCUGACCUCUGGUCAUGUGUUUCUGUUCUCGGUAAUGUGAUGCAUACAUCGGAUCAAAUGACCACCGUCAUUCCCAUUAUGUCCCUGUAUACUCUGACACAAGAGCUCACAUGAUCUGGGAGUGUAGGGAUUGUUUGCUGGGAUAGAAGACUUGAGUGUCUCAGAAAAGUGGAAAAAUCUUCAAAAAACAAGAGUGGUAGGCAACAGUGAGACAGUCAAGCCCAAAAUUAUUCAUACCCCUGGUUAAUUUAUAAGCAAACAUUAUUUUCAUCCAACCAGUUUUUUUGUUCCUCCCAGAAGAUAUUAAACAAUAUUAAAGUAUCAUACACUUAAAAAUAUUUAUAUUUGUAUUUUAGAUUUUAAUUUGUCCAUUUAUUUUUGGUAAUGAGCUCCACGUCUUGGACAUUGGAAGGGCUCAUUACCAUCGCCCUAAUCUUGAACUCCCUCCAGAGCUUCUCUACCAGAUCAAAGCCAGGACUCUGGGUGGGCCACUUAAAAAUUUUUACAUUUCUUCCAGUCAGAAGAAACAUGGGGGUUAAAAUCAAAAGAUUACCUUAAACCUUAAUCUGCCAGGGGUAUGAAUAAUUUUAUAUAUGUAUAUUUUUUGCAGAAAGUAUUUAAACAGUUCUCUAUAUGCCUAAACAUUUUAAUUGACCAAAAGUAGAAUAAAUCACUUCAUAAUAUAAUGAAAACAUGAAAUGUCAGAUUUUAUUAAUACUUCAUAGAAGAGCUCUUGGCUGAAAAUAGAGUAAAGUGUCUGAAGGAUGUAGGAAGUUAAAAAGUGAGCCACUGGUGAGCGACUCAAAACAUUCUCUGAUAUCACAGGCAUGAACUUUUAUUUCAACUUAUUGGUUUUCAACAACUGUCCUGGUUUGUAGCAUCACUGUGGCAUAACCAUGCCACGUUGCUGCAUAAUUGUUGUAUUGGUCAGAUUAAAAGGUGGUAGCUGCUGUUUACCAAAAAUAUGUUAACACAGGAAAUAAAUAAAUUUUAAUCCUAAUGCAA